AUAAGAAAACAAAACAUGGAGCAAAACAGAAUUAGUUCAAAAAUGGUUCAAAUCUAUAGCAACGUAGACAGAAACAGUUUUCUUGCGGAAAUCUAUGUAAAGAGAUACCCAGCUGUACUAAAAGGCAUUCCAAUUGGAGAAUGUCUGACAAAAUGGACACCAGAAUAUCUUGCAUCAGUUGGUCAACAAAGAAAAGUCACUGUUCAUGUCUCCCCUUUCAAGCAGAUGGACUUCAUUAAUAAGAACUUUUCAUAUAAAACAUUAGCCUUCGAUGAGUUUAUUAAGAGAUCCACAGAGGAGAAACAUACAGACUUCUUUUUUCAAGAUGAUGAAAGAUAUUAUUUGAGAUCCCUUGGUGAUGAUCCUAGAAAAGAUAUAGCAGAUAUAAAACGCCAGUUUCCUGAGUUAGCUGAAGAUCUGAAGAUCCCUCAUUUCUUUGAAGCUGAGCAGUUCUUUUCAAGUGUAUUCAGAGUUUCAUCUUUUGGAAUGCAGCUGUGGACACAUUAUGAUGUGAUGGAUAACAUGCUGAUUCAGAUUAAAGGACGCAAGCGUGUAGUUCUCUUCAGUCCCAGGGACGCCACCUAUCUUUAUCUAAAUGGUGACAAAUCAGAGGUCCUUGAUAUUGACAAACCAGAUCUAGAAAAGUAUCCUGAGUUCUGCAAGGCCACACGCUAUGAGUGUGUGCUGGAACCUGGAGAUAUACUCUUCAUUCCAGCCCUUUGGUUCCACAAUGUGAUAUCCCUGGACUAUGGUAUAGCAGUCAAUGUAUUUUGGAAACACCUUGACAAUAGUUGCUACGACAGCAAAGAUACAUAUGGCAACAAGGAUCCAGUGGUUGCCACCCGUGCAAUUCAGAAACUUGACAAUGCGUUGAAACUUUUGAAAGAUCUUCCCGAUGAUUAUCGAGACUUUUACGCAAGGAGGAUGGUGUCUAGGAUUCAAAAUAAAGCAUAUAGUAAGGAGAAAGUCAGUGAAUCGGAUACCAGUAAAGAUGGCAGUUGUAGUCCCGGGGACUGCAAUAAAAUUGACACUGGAUGCAAGAUUGUAACUUGUAGUGAAGACACUUGUAAUGACAUUUGUGGAAAAGGUGACACUUGUUUGAAAUCUUUAAGAAGCGAGGAUACUUGACAAAUCAUUUGUAAGGAUGGUUGUACAUGUAUUCAAAGAAUGGGAAGUUUUAUUUCGUUUAGUGUCUCGUUUUAUUUCAUUUGAUAAACAUUCAUCAAGGCCUGGUAUCUCAGAUCAUGAUUCCUAUUUAACCUGCAUUACUUCAGUACUUAGAGAUUAUCCUAUAUGAGGUUCAGAAUAUUGGGAUAUCCCGAGCC